AUGGCUUACUUGUUGAAGAAUGGCUGGCAGGAAGGCGUGAAUGCAGAUAGAGAGGGCUACGCAGACUUGCAAUCCAUUGUGGACGCGAUGCAGCAGAGGAAGCCCGACUUUGGCCUCACUAGCGUUGAAGAGGUUAAGACCUUUCUGCAGGAGACCGACCAGGAGGGCCGCUUUGCCAUCGACGCCCAGGACCGUGUGAGGAAGAUUGACCGCAAUGCGCGGCAACAGCCGCCUGAGCCGCAACCGUGGAAGUCGCAUACAACAACAACGAGGCCAUCACAGGCACAGCCGGCACGCUCGCAACCAGCGCGGUUCAAUGCCUUUGAAGCGCCAACUCAUGUCCAGAAAGAAGAGGUGGACUAUGAUGAGGAUGAGCCAGAAGCCGAUGAUACCCCGGGAGUCAUGAGCAGUGUCAUGAGCGCGGCAUUUACACGUUUUGCCGCGCGCAAUCGCAGGAUGAGUGCCAGCAUUCUCCAUGCUCUCCAGUGCGGUAGGCUGUGGCAAACGGAUACGGUCGCAUGCAUUUGCCUGAAGACUAGGCUGUGGUCACCAAAAAAAGCUGCGGCCAAAGACGCGGAAAAGGCAGCGGGGCCGCCGCAGGUGACCACGGUCUUUGUCGGUGGCCUGCGGAAGAGCACCACGGAAGACAAAGUGGCCGGCCACUUUGCCAAGUAUGGCCAGGUCGAGAGCGUUGACAUUAAGAGACUCCCAGACGGAACCUCAAGAGGAUUCGCCUUUGUCAAGUUCAUUGACAAGGAAUCGGUCUCGAAGGUCAUAGAGGCCAAAGCUAGCCAUAUGAUUGACAACAAGUGGGUCGCAGUACGGCCUCAUGGCGGUUCAGCUUUCCAGGCUGCACAACAUGCAGAACGAGCCAAGGAUAUGGUGCAAAGAGAGAAGGAGAAGAAAGAGUCUGAAGGUCCAGCUACUCAGGAUGACUACGAAGAGAAGUGGUCUGAAAAGUACUUGCAGCAAGCUGCCUCGCUGCAAGAUGACAAAGAAGAUGGAGAUGAGAAAGAGUCCAAUCAGAUGAACCCGAUGAUGGCCAUGAUGAUGAACCCUAUGAUGGCCAUGAUGAUGGGUGGCAUGAAUCCCAUGAUGGGAGGCAUGAACCCCAUGAUGAUGGGUGGCGCACGCCCUAUGAUGGCCGGCUGCGGUGGCUGCGGCGGUUGCGGUUGCGGGGGCUGCGGCUGUUGCAGCAGUGGCUGCGGCAGCGGUUGCGGUGGUUGUCCUGCCUCCGGCUGCGGCGGGGCCUCAGGACAGUCUACCUCAGACCCUGCUGCGCCCAGCACAUCACCAGCUGCCGAGAGCGGAUCAUCGGCACCAAGCACAGCAACUGCAGGCUGCUGCGGUGGUGGCUGUAUGCCAGGUUGUUGUGGGGGCUGUUGUUGCGGCUGCUGCGGAGGCUGCCCAUGCGGUGGCUGCCCGUGUGGUGGCUGCCCCUGUGGCGGCUGUGGCUGUGGCGGCUGCGGCGGCUGCGGCGGCUGUGGCGGCUGUGGCUGCGGCGGCUGCGGCGGCUGUGGCGGCUGCGGCGGCUGUGGUGGCUGUGGCUGUGGUGGCUGCAGCGGGCCGGUGAAAGAAGCUGGCGGUGAGAACCGGUACCAGCCAUACUGA